UCACACUCUCGUCGUCGCGGCAACAGUAGGUGCUCAUGGAAUCGGCUCAUCGAUGUGGCACUGAAGACGAGAAUCGAUGCCACCCAGUGCCUCACAGCUCUAAUUACCCACUUGCAUGUUCGUUUCCUCGAUUCGAGUCAUGCGAUUGAGAGUAUGUCGGUGUAGGAGACUUGCGAUCCGGAGCUUGUGAUCAUUUUGUGUCGUGGCGAGUGUUUGCGAGUGAAUACUGCAGUUGGGUUUCAUGGAGAUCAUGAUUCUGUGCUUUGAAGAGUUCCGAAGCUGUGCAACGUAGCGAGAACGCUAUCUUCGAGAAUUGGGUUUCCCAGACGCUGAUCGUUAUCACACGGGGUAUUAGCUGGUGAUGAGCGGGAAUUAGAUUGGUGGGUCACGAUGUUUUGCUCGCUGUCUUCUCACUUAUUGCCCACUUGAUGAAAACUGCAAAUCUCAGGUCAGGUAGUGUGUUGUAGAUUGCUUCGAGUGAAAUCCUCUGUUUCUGUUCAUGAAAUAGAAAUUAGGGCCUAGGUGUUGUGUGUACGCUGCAAGCCAAGGUCCAUGUACUAAUUUAUACCCCUGUUUCGUUCCUCGUGUUGGUUACACAUAAUUCAUGUCAUGUCAUGUCAUGCACAGUGAGUUUCCGUUAACUGGUUCCCGGCACGAAGUCGUUGUGGAUGGGGUCGAGUUCAUGGCAAAGGCACGUGCUCCGUGGACGUUCAACCGUUUGGAAAUGGUUGCGUUGAGUUUUAGCGGCAGAAUCUCAUUUUGUCGUUGAGGAUUCUACGAUGUCGAUGACGAGUCAAAGUCUGGGAAAACACGUGCAUGUUUUGCGCGCAUUGGCCGUGAUACUUGACAUGGCAUGGCAUGGAACGCAAGACUUGUUAGGUCAAUGCAAAAGCUGAUCAUGCAGGUUACGUGAAGUGAUGCUACACUCGCUGUACAGGAAUAUGGAGUGCGUUUUGGAGAUUGCCGUUCGUGUCGAAGAGAAGUGAUGAUUGAUGGGUUGUGAAAGUAUUGUUGUUAUGUAACGCCUAAUUGAUAAGUUAUUUGGGCUUGUUGGAUCGCUUGUUGCUGCCAUGUCGCACCAGUAUGAUCCUCUUUUCCUUCCUUACAAGGACUGACACUAUUGACUUUGUCCAUUGAAUCAAUUUUCGAGUAAUUGAGGUAUUUGAAGGUUAUGUUUUAAGUUGAGUGUAUUGUACAAUUUCAUCACCGAAAGAGUGAAUUCUGGAUUCAGUUUUUUGGUUGUUCUAAUCGGAGCCUUGAACGCAUGGGUUCGACUGGUUUGCUUAGGACGUUCGACCUCGAAUGGACGACAGCCAUGUUGGAACUUGUGGAACUUACGAAAAUCGAAUUCCCGCGACAGAUCGAGUCAUGGCCUACGUUGGACCAGUUCAAAAGAAUUUACGUUUUGUAUCUCCAAGUUUUCCGAAAAUUAGAGGAUGCAUUCGACCAGAUUAUACAUCCUCAAAAGCGUCGAUUUGCCUGGAAAGCACUGGAAGCGUGCAUUGGCCGAAUGCUGGAGGUCAAAGGAUGGAUGGUGGGACUAAACGAGAACAAGGAGUACUUCAAUUAUGACGACAUACUGAUGGAGUUACAUUUGCCACUCGACAAACUGGACAUCACUCCUCCACGCUUCCUUACGGAUGAUAGCAAAGAGAUGUUCAAAGCCCGUGAAGCAUUUUUGAUACAAGCGCACAGUGACGCUGAAGUUGCUCGUACAAAAGUCCAGGCUGAAAAAGAAGCCGCGGCAAAAGCAGCUGCAGACUUUCAGGCCAGGAAAAACAGGACAGAAGUUCUGGCUCCGCCUCCUCCGUUGACUGAAGAGGAAUGCAUUCUCAUUAUUCAGGCAGAGGAGAGGGGGAGACAAAGUCGAAUGAAAAUCAAGGAGCUUGAAAAACAGAAACGAAUGCAAGAAGUAGAAUUGGAGAAGCAACGGAGUGGUCAGAAGCCACUCACAAAAGACACUGCUGUUGGAGUUCUUCAGCGUGUGGCUCGAGGCUUCAAUGGAAGACUUCAAACUGAGGCUUUGGUUUUGGAUGAGCUCACCUUGAUCCAUAUGAACAACUUUUUACCGCCUGAUCCAAAUGAUCCACGAAUAAAGCUGGAUUCUACUCUUAAGAAGCGGAAAGAACUACAAUUGAUAAAUGAGUUGGAAGAGACCGAUGCAAUGGUUGAAACCAAAGAGAAAAUUAAGGAAUUGGAAGCUCAAGAAAUGCGUGAAAUCAUGCAGGAAAGGAUCAACGUCUGGUUGAAUGUAAAUCGAGAUCCUGAAUUCAAUGAAUAUCCUCCUUUUCCAAAAGUAAAUCAGGGUGGAAGCAGGGACAUUAUUGAUCCACCUCCGCAACUUUGGAGACCAGAGGAUGAAAAAAAGAAGGGAGGAGACGACAAAGGGAAGAAGAAAAAGCCGAAGAAGGGAAAGCAUGGGAUAAGGAUGCCGUCAGAGCCAGAAGCAGAUGGCGAGGAUGUUCCUUUGUGCCCAAAUUACUUCGGACGGCAUAUCAAACGAGCUCUUGAAGCCUACAUUGAAACUUGGCAUGAUAAAGAUGACUAUAAUAAUCACCAACAAAAAUACAUCCCCGACAUCCUGAAGAACACAUUGAGGCCUCUGGUGUUUGAAGAGGUGCGAAUUGAAGUCGAUGUCGGUUCUCGAGAGCUUCUUGUCCAACUGAAGAAGAAAAUUGCAGCUGAUGCAAAGGAGGCUUACAAAAUUGCAUUGAAGGCAGCUAGAAAAGAAGGGAAAGAGAAAGAAUUCAAGGCCAAAGUCAAAACCGAAAAGCUACAGGCCAAAAAAGACAAGGCUGCCAAGAUAAAAGCUAAGAAAGAAGCUGCGGCGAAUGAACCACCACCACCGCCGCCACCAAAGGAUCCAAGAAAAAAACCAAAAAGGAAGAAAGACCCCACAGAAAAAGAAUCUGUGGAAUCUUUAACAAGAGAGCUCGCCUCAGAAGGUAUCAUGCGAGUGUGCCCAAAGCGAUCCUUCGAUGAAUACAUCUGUCAAGAUUACUUGCGAGGCGUUGCACCUGAUCCUGUGAAAGACUGGUUGAUCGAUAACAGCAUGGCGCAUGCAAAGAGGUUGACGAUUGAGUAUGCAGUGCUCCCAUUAGCCUCUGAACUUGUCCACAAAAAUGCUCCAUUCGUACGAACUCUGCUGAUUCACGGUGGCAGGAGGACAGGAAAAACCCUCCUGGCUCAUGCAGCAUGCACCGCAGCUGGGGCAACAUUCUUCGAUUUAUCUGCAAAAGUGAUUGACGGGAAGUACGUGGGUGCGAGGAAUGUUGCAAGGAUGCUCCAAAUUGUGUUCAAGUUGGCAAAAAUCAUGUCACCCUCUAUGAUUUACAUUGAUAAUGUUGAGCAAGUGUUUGUGACAGACAAAAAGAAAAUCAAAACCUUUGGACUCGUUGAUAAACCGAAUCGUAUUAAGAAAGCCUUGAUGAAAGAAGUCAAAUCAUUGUACCCUGGAGAACGCGUUUUCUUAUUGGGGACCAUGAGUAAUACUCAGGAUCUGCAAGGGAAGAGGGGGCUUUCAAAAGUGGCUGCAAGCUUUUGCAAGUUUUUCACAAAGAGGAUAUAUACGCCAUAUCCGGACUAUGGGGGGCGGAUGCUGCUGUGGCGGGGGCUGUUGGAAAGACAUGGGGCCAUUCUCACACACCAUUUCAAUGUCUCCACUCUUGCAUACUUAUCUGCCGACUUCAGCAUUGGUGACAUGGAAGACAUCUGCAAAACCGUGCUCACUCCUCAACGCAUUCGCAAAGCUAAACGAGUUCAUUUAAAGGUAGAAGAGGUUGUGGACCAUUUCUAUGAAUACAAUCCUAUUGAACCAAACCUUCACAACAUUGCACGGCAUUUUGGCAAGCCACCACAACCAGAGUCUAUUGAUCAAGAAGCAAACAAAAACAAAAAUAAAAAGGCUGAUCCCAAAUAUAUUAAGAAAAGAUGAAAAAUGAAGUAGUUUGUGUAUAUAUAUAUAUAUAUAU